AUUCGAGUUUUUUGCAUAUUUUGAAAAAAAAUCCUCGCAUUGUUAAAAUGUUUUGUUCUCGGAAGAGAACCUAACUAUCGAUGGCAGGCAGUGAUGGAGUUCAGUGAAUUUAAAACUAAUGAGAUAUUGGACCCGGUAGAUGUUGAAUAUUAUGCAAAUAAAUCGCGGACACCAAGUCCCACGCCGAUACUCACGACAAAUGUGCCCUGUGAUUUGGAAGACAUUUUGAGCGACGCAAUAGCAGAGAAUCUUCAAGGAUCUCUCCGCAUAAGUCGAAGCCAGCUUAUCAAUCAGGAGCUAACAAUACGUCCAGAAGCAAAUAUAGAGGCAGACGUACCUGACGGUCUCGACCUCUAUAAGGUGAUCUUCGAGGUAGAGAGUGACCCAGAGACAAAAGAGAAAAUGAGCGAUGCAGACGGGGCUACCGCUAUCCAGGAAAAUAAUGCGCAUAAACAGGAUUCCUGCCAUCUCGUUGGCGGGUCCAAGUUCUACAAGAUGGAUGGACCCUCCGCCAAUGGUUCCACACCUUCUCCGACAGAAAAACACGACCAUAUGAAGCCUAUUGAAAGCGACGACGAAGUGUCAGACGUGGACCAAGAAUGCACUGUGUUCAGCGGCGUGAGUUACCUGGGGGCACAGAACAUCGCCGACCCCAAGUCGGAGAGCGACAUCCAACGCAUCAUGAAGGAACUUAGCUCUAUGCCGGAAAAUAGAGAUGGCAUUGCUGUAUCUAUAUCAAUACCCGUAUGCUCUCAGGGAUUGGUUGUCCUGUAUCAAGCAGACACAAACAGCGUAAUGACUCGCUAUGCAGUCAACCGUAUAUCGUUCUACGCGCGCGGCACAGCUGGCUCACCCGUCGCCUCCUGCUUCGCAUUCACCUGGUCCCAUGGGGAAACCAAGGAAUCGGCUGUUUACCGCUGCCAUGUAUUCAGAUGCCACAUUGGGGAGGCUGUCAACCAAGUAUCAAGCUGCUUCGCAAAAGCAUUCGAGCGUAUACCACGGUCAAUGGCUUCAUCCUUAGCGGGUGACCUGAGCGCAGCGCCCUCUAUGACGGGUUCUCUAACAGAGUGCUUGGGCCCUGUGGUACCACCCAUGCAACUCAUGCAUGUGCUGGAGUGUACGGUUGACAUCAAAGAGAGCGAUGCUAAGGGUACAUUCAGCCACGUGCCGAAAGAACGGCUUGGGUUCAAGCUGCGCGGCGGCAUCGACAAACAAGUAACGAUCACCGUGACACAAGUUACCAAUAGCUCCAAGACCGAAUCGGAGGAUCCACAGGCUUCAUACAAUGGAGGGCUAUACAUCGAACGUUGCUUCGGGAUUCUGCUCGCACCGGGGCGCAGCGUCAAACAUUCCGACAUGAGGCUUCUUGAAAUGGUAAGCGGAUCUUCUGGGGGGUCCGGCUGCUCAGUGUGUGCCCUAUGGAAUGCAGGAGAGUCUGCGCUUGCGGCCUUCAACGUGGCCAGCGGCGACGGCGCGCCGGGAUACAUGUCGCUCGCACUCGACCUCGUUAUUAGAGGCAUUACUGACCCGCUACGUUUAGUGGUCGAAACUCCCGUGAAAAUUUAUCCGCCAUCUGAGAGAUUUUGGUAUUACUCCAAGAGGCCACUUGUACAGCAGUUCUACAUCAACCUUAAAGAGAGCGUGGACCAAACGGGCGUGCUGAAGUACGAUGUCGUAAAUGUGGAGACGUCCGGCGAACUGGACAGGUCCCGCCUAAACCUACCGCUGUCGCUGUCCAGUCUGCUGCCGUCACCGCUGUCCAGUGCGCCUGCGCCACCUUCGCCUUCAGAGCCAGAUUCUGAUGGCGACGAACCAUUACUCAGCGGUACAGGCGAGGUGUCCAAAGAUUGCGGCGAAGACGUCCUAGUCAACUGGGCACAGGUUCUUAGAAGCUGGACAGGACCACGACCACGCGCGUUGAAUCAUCUCGUGCGGGUUGGCGUACCUGAAGCUCUCCGAGGCGAGGUGUGGCUGCGACUGGCCGGCAUUGACCAGAACGACAAGCUUAUGGAGACGUACCGUACAUUGAUUAGUAAAGAUUGUCCAUUCGAAGCCGUAAUCCAACGCGACAUCGCCCGAACGUUCCCCGCGCACGACUUCUUCCGCGAGGCGGGUGGUCUGGGGCAGGAUUCGCUGCUGCGCAUGGCGCGCGCCUAUGCCGUGCAUGACACCGAGGUCGGCUACUGCCAGGGACUCAGCUUCUUGGCAGCCACACUGCUGCUGCAUAUGCCCGAAGAGCAAGCGUUUUGCCUACUGGUUCGACUUAUGUAUGGCUACGGACUACGAGACCUGUACAAAGACGGUUUUGAGGCACUGUACAUGCGAUUGCAUCAACUCGAUAGACUUAUGGAGGAGCAACUGUCAGAACUUCGAGCACACUUCCAAAUGCUGGGCGUCGAACCACACAUGUUCGCGUCGCAAUGGUUCCUCACCGUGUUCACUGCUCGGUUCCCGCUACCACUAGUAUACCACAUCCUAGAUGUAUUUCUACUACAAGGCAUGGACACGCUGUUCCAAGUGGCAAUCGCUCUGCUCUCUCGAUCCAAGAAGGAUCUACUCACACAUGACUUCGAAGGUGUCCACAAAUAUUUCAGAGUAACAUUACCGAAGAAAUGCCGCGCGGAAGAGGCGUCCCGCCAAAUUAUUAAACUGGCUUGCAGCAUCAAAGUGAAACGGUUGCAUAAAUACCAACUGGAAUAUGAGAAGUUCAUCAAAGAGGCGGCAGAGAAGGAGAAAAUAAACGUGGAAAUGGAAAGGUUAAGACAGAACAACAUACAGUUGCAGCAGGAUAAACAGUUACUAGAGUCUCAAAUCUCAGAGACGCGAUCGGCUUUGGCAGAGGCGGAGAAGAAGGCGGUGCAUAACGAGGCGGUGACAAACGACUACCGCGAGAUAUGCGCGCGUUUGGACAAACAGCUGCAUCAAAUACAAGAUGCGAUCAAGGACUGCGUUAGCUGCAGCGCCAAGCUGGAGCAGAAGGAUAAUAAAGAAGAAGACACAGAAAACAAAGAAGUAAAGGCGGAAGGCGCGAGUGACACCGAGGCGAGACUGCGCCAGCGCGUGCGCGAGCUCGAGCUGGAGCUCGCCCAGGUCAAGUUCGCGCAUGUGCAGGCCGAGUGCAGCAAUCAGGAAUUAAGCCAUCAACUAAAUUCCGCGCUAAACGAGAUGCAGUCGACGAUGAAUCAGAAACAAACCGAUACUCCAUGGCUCGUUAGGACACUCGGUUCAUUGAUGGAAGCGGCACAAAACCGGCCAUCGUUCCAAACAUACCUACCGACCUUAAAUUCAGAGCCACAGUCUCCUCUAAACAAGCCGAGCACUAUCUCCUCGCAGCAAAACUUCGACCGCCGAGUCUCCGAUCCCUACAGCCCUGACGUCGUACGGAGGAAGAAGGAUCUCAACUCGAAAAGGCACUCCUUGCUCGCCGAUUCAAAUCUCAACAAACAGACGAAGGACAUAAAUCGACGGAGCCAUGACGUCACUAAUGUAACCAUUGUGAAAAACCUGUCAAUGGGUUGACUACUCCAUUCCGCAAAAUCUGUUUAGCUUCGCGCAAAUGACGCCCUUUGUAUGAAACGAUCGCAGCGCCUCUACCCGACAAAAAAAAUACAAAAGAACCAGAAGGUCAUGGUUGCUGUUUAAACUUUGUUUUUUUUUAGCAUUAGACAAGACAGAAGUUUUGGGUCUUUUAUCAGACGCCCAUUUCAUUCUCAAACACACCUUUACAAUACCUUUAUGUAAUUAUUACAUUUUUUUACUCGUGAUAUUCAUUAAAGAUUAAAUAGAAUAUUCGUAACUUUAUAUACUUAAUCUAUUUCAAAGACUUGUUCUAUAUAAAACUUAAAGAAACAGAGGUCCCAAACCCAAAACGGAUCUUUUUAUAAAAUAAUAAUAUAUCACGUCAUUUGUCAACAAUUUCCAUGAUAUUUUCUUUUAUAGUAAUUAUUGUCUAAAGAAAAAGGUUUACAAUCACAGCAUUUUUGUUUACAUUUUUUU